AUGAUCGGGGAGCCCAUGAAUUUUGUACACCUGACACAUAUAGGAUCCGGUGACAUGGCGUCCGGCGAUGGUUUACAGAUGGUAGGUGGAACUUCCCGUCAUUGGAUAUAUACGUCGGGGUCAUCCUUCUGGACGCCGCUACAGCAGAGCCUAUAUACUACCUCCCCCUUUAUCAACAUGGGGGAACCCUUGAAAUAA